UGAAAUAACCUAAUAGCCUAAUCAAAUCUGUUCAUGAGAGACGUCACUUCCGAACAUGGCCUUUACUUCCGUACGUCGACGCCAUUAUCCUUUUCCUCUACAACGCCACCAUGGGUCGUAUGCAUGCUCCGGGUAAGGGCCUGUCCCAGUCAGCGCUCCCAUACAGACGCAGUGUUCCCACAUGGCUGAAACUGGCGUCUGAUGAUGUGAAAGAGCAGAUCUUUAAACUGGCCAAGAAGGGUUUGACACCCUCUCAGAUUGGUGUGAUCUUGAGGGACUCUCAUGGUGUGGCCCAGGUCCGCUUCGUGACAGGCAACAAGAUCUUGAGGAUCCUCAAGUCCAAAGGCCUGGCCCCUGACCUGCCCGAGGACCUGUAUCACCUCAUCAAGAAGGCUGUGGCUAUCAGGAAGCACCUGGAGAGGAACCGAAAGGAUAAAGAUGCAAAAUUCCGUCUGAUUCUGACCGAAAGCAGAAUCCACCGACUGGCCCGCUACUACAAGACCAAGAGAGUACUUGCACCAAACUGGAAGUACGAAUCUUCCACCGCUUCUGCCUUGGUGGCAUAAACGUAUUUUCGCAUUAAAGGAACGUUUUGAAGGAA